GAAGACUAAAAUUUGAGGUGCUGUCGUGGCCUACUGCUAGGAGUCUGUGUCUCAAGUAUAUCUUCAUUUAAAGAACCAGAAUAGGAUAGACAUGUCACAAUCUCUUCUUAGAAAUGGAGAAGAAAUUGAGCUUAUUAUUUCCAGUGAAUCUUCUGAAGAUGAGGAUGAAAUAACAGCUAACUCAACAACAUUUCAGAACCGUGUGAAUUCCAAGAGAAUUCGCGAUUUAAUAGAUCAAGCUAAGCAUUUGUUGUCAGAAGCAGAGACAAAAUCUCAGCCCGAACCAUACAAAUCUGAACCAGCUUACACUUAUAAAUUUUCUGCUCAUGUCAAAGCAAGUGAUCUCUUCCAUGAAAGUGAAAUGGCAGAACUGCUGAGGAUUGUCUCAACUUUAAAGUCAAGAUUAAGUGCAGAAAGGAUAUUUUCUCUCGGUUGCCCAC